AUGGAGUUCUAUUUCUCUGACAAGGGUUGUGAAGUCUACUUCAGCCAACCAGAUUAUUCUUUCUUCGCCUUAAUCAAUUGGAUCGUAUCAUCAGGGAUGAGACCAGAAGUAGAAGAUGUUCCAGUGUUGAUGCAGCAUAUACAAUCACGGUUGUCGAUAAAUGAAGCAGCCCGCACCAGCGUUUUGUCCAAGUCAUCGCUACACGCUUGGUCUACCAUCCCUAACCUCAGGUUUGAUGUUCAAAGAGGAAAGCACUUGAAGUUGGUGGACGUGGACCGCACUCUGAUAAGGUAUCACCGUGACAACAUACCAAUCGAAACAUUUGACCUUAUGAUCGACAUCGCAAACCAGGAGUCAACUUCUCAUGCUGAAAAAUGGAUCAGGCUCGUGGGAACCAAAGCUUGUCUUAAAGAGUUUUACCUCUCAAUGGCCCUUUGGUGUCCCUUGUUUACGUUGCCAGAUGAGAUACUCUCGGGCGAGAACCUAACUAAAAUAAGAGUUUCAGCUUCCAUUCCGUUUGGAUGACUCCUCCCCCAUGUAUGAUCAAUUGUGUGUCCCUACGAGAACUGCACUUGUAUGGUGUGUGCAUAAGUGAAGAGGCACUCCAUGAGAUAUUGUCGUCUUGUAGCUUGCUUGAGAAGAUAGAGCUUUUACAUUCUUGCAAGACCAUCAUGGUUGCAAACCUUCCCCGUCUUUAUGAAUUGAGCAUAUCUUUGGAAGAUGAUGAAUCUAUUUUUGAAAUCAGUCAUGUCCCUAAACUUGGCAUAUUUAGCUACGAACUAGAUGUUUGGGAUCCUCAGAUGCCUCUUAUUCCAUUCAAUGGCCAUUCAAUAUCAUUGGGAAGCAGCGUGACACAAUUAGUGUUAGGCGGUGUGAUACUGAGCAACGAUUGUCUCGACAUGAUCGCAUUGGGGUUUCCUUUUCUUGAGAGUUUGACCCUUACUUUGACAUCUUGGAUGUCGGGGAGCUUCCAUUUCAGAUGUGCUUCCAUCAAGAGAUUUACUUUGCUGAGGUGCCCACGCAACAUUAUUGACAUACAAGUACAUGCUCCAAAAUUACUUUCUUUCGAGUUCGGUGGCUCCACAUUACCUAUUCUCUUGUUUCCGAUCUCGUCUCCUCUCUUCGAGCAAAUCAAGCUUUCACUCAGACUCAAACAUCCUGUUGAUGCUUCUUUUUUCCUUAAGAUAAGGGAAGCACUCACGUUAUGACACAAGUGCCACCUUCGUAUAGAAAUUAACGGUUUCUAAGCCACCUUUGGACAUGAACAUCGAUGAUCUGCGAACAAGGCUCCUGUUUCCUCCUGCUACCAACGUGCAACAACUGUUGUUUCAAACCUUAAAGGAUGAAUGCAUGUGGGAAGGAUCCCCAUUUUUUGAUGCAUUCUUUGAUAUUUGCCACCCCAAGCACCUAUUUGCAAUGCUAGACGGGUUCUUCCUACACAACAAUCACUUUUGCAGGCUGAUGCUGAGGGAGGUCUUGGAGAAGAAGAUCAAGAAGACCGGAACCCGGUAUUGGCCUCAUCACCUGAAACAUGUUGAAAUUAGAAAGGAUGGUCAUCAGAAAUGGAAAAGCCUAACAAAUUUCCCCAGAAACUUGCUAGACGGGUCGGCUCCUGAUGUCUACAUGGACUUCAAACUAAUUUGGAGCUAACGAUCAUCUCUGGUUUGGUUAUUUGUGUACUAUUUCAUGUAUUCGUUUUUGUUUUUUCCUGUUUUGUUAUAUUUAAACAUAUAAUUAUGGAUGUUGUAUUUAUUUGAUAGGCCAAUCAUUACAUACAUUGAAGGUUUAACGUCUAAUGCGAGGUCUGAUUUAAAAAAAAUGUAUUUUUAUUAUUGUUUAAUGUCUAAUAGAAUAGUAGUAAAAUAAUGUUUUUCUUUGCUGGC